AUGACGUUAACUGGGGACGACGUUGCCAAGCACAACUCUGCCGAGUCGUGCUGGGUCAUUGUCCACGGCAAGGCAUACGAUGUCACCGAGUUCCUCCCAGAACAUCCCGGUGGUAUGAAGAUUAUCCUCAAAUACGCUGGUAAAGAUGCGACGGAAGAAUUCGACCCUAUUCACCCCCCGGACACCCUCGACAAGUUCCUUGACCAGUCGAAGCACCUCGGCCCCGUCGACAUGUCCACCGUCGAGGUGGAGGUCAAGGAGGAGACCGACGAGGAGAAGGCGAGGAAACAGAUGAUAGAGCUCAAGCCGUCGUUGUCGCAGUGCUACAAUUUGCUUGAUUUCGAGGCCGUUGCGAAGAGGGUUAUGAAGAAGUCGGCGUGGGCGUACUAUUCUAGUGCUGCCGAUGACGAGAUUACCCUCCGAGAGAACCAUGCGGCUUUCCAGAGGAUAUGGUUCCGGCCCAAGAUCCUCGUCGACGUCGAAAAGGUCGACUUCAGCACAACCUUCCUCGGCACCAAGGUCGACAUGCCCUUCUACGUCACUGCCACGGCCCUCGGCAAGCUCGGCCACCCCGAGGGCGAAGUUGUCUUAACGCGAGCCUCCAAGAAGCACAACGUCAUCCAGAUGAUCCCCACGCUCGCCUCGUGCGCCUUCGACGAGAUCAUGGACGCCACGUCGGGCGACCAGGUGACGUGGCUCCAGCUCUACGUGAACAAAGACCGCGAGAUCACGAAGCGCAUCGUGCAGCAUGCCGAGCAGCGCGGGUGCAAGGCCCUCUUCAUCACCGUCGACGCGCCGCAGCUGGGCCGUCGCGAGAAGGACAUGAGGGUCAAGUUCACGGAUGAAGGCACCGACGUGCAGAGCGGACAGGAGACGAACAGGGAACAAGGAGCCGCGCGGGCAAUCUCGUCGUUCAUCGACCCGGCGCUAUCGUGGAAGGAUAUCCCUUGGUUCCAGAGCAUCACGAAGAUGCCGAUCCUGCUCAAGGGCGUGCAGCGCGUCGAGGACGUCAUCAAGGCCAUCGAGGCGGGUGUGCAGGGUGUGGUCCUCUCGAACCACGGCGGUAGGCAGCUCGAGUUUUCUCGCUCGGCCGUCGAGGUGCUGGCCGAGACGAUGCCGGUGCUGAAGCAGCUCGGGCUCGAGGACAAGAUUGAGAUUUACAUCGACGGAGGCGUCAGGCGCGGCACGGAUAUCAUCAAGGCGUUGUGUCUCGGUGCCAAGGGCGUCGGUAUCGGCAGGCCGUUCCUGUACGCUAUGUCGUCGUACGGGUUCGAUGGCGUCGAUAGGGCCAUGGCGCUUUUGAGGGACGAGUUGGAGAUGAACAUGCGGUUGAUUGGAUGCAAUAGCGUGAGUGAGCUGAGCCCGUCGCUUUUGGACGUUCGGAGCUUGACGAGUCAUGGGAAUGGGGUGCCGACGGAUGUGUUGUCGAAGGAUGUUUAUGAUCGGUUGGUGACUCCUGCGCAGAGGGUGGUGAAGGCGAAGCUUUGA